GUAUUAGUAGUAGUAGUAGUAGUAGUAGUAUUUGUUGCAUGAUGUUUAGUGUCCAGUAUUUGAAUCAUAGACCAUAUCUUGAACACGGCAGCCGAGUUUCUUCUCAAAUAAUUUCUGAUUGGCUAACGGAGAGAAACGUCAUCAAGACUGCGACUGCGCGCCAUUUAUGUCACAACAUAACUAGUCACAGUGAAUAGAAGCGUUUACAGUUUUUCUUCGCAAAAUGGAAAGAGUUCUUUGUGAACGACACGGCAACAUUUGCUUUCUGAAGACUGGGGUGAAAGAAGGACCGAAUAAGGGUAAAAGUUUCUAUGUUUGCACCGGGCGGGAUGCGACACCGUGUGAUUUCACACAGGCUGCUGAACUUCCACCUUCUCACUGUCUGCGCCAUGAAGAUGCACUGGUUGAACUUCAAACAUUAAUUCACAAUGCACCACAGGGCACCUACAGGCUGCUGUAUCGCUGCGUAGUAGGAAAGAAAGAGGGACAGAAGUGGUGUGGGAGUGUUCCAUGGACAGAGAAAGACACUAAGAAGAAUCUUUUGUCAGAGAACAAAAAACAGCAUUCCAGUCUGCCUCCUGUUAGAAAUCCUUUCAAAGCCCCCGGCAAAGCAGACAAAACCUCAGAGUGGGAAAAGAUUCAAGAAGGAGAGAUGGAUAAAAGAGAGGUAAAGGCAUUGGAAAAGUCUGUAGAAAAUGAGAGCUCCAGGAAAAGCAACAAUGAUGAAAUUCAUAAAAAGAAAGCAGAGAAAGAAUCUGACGGCCAAAGAAACUCGAAUGGUGCAAAUGCCAGGGAGGGAGAGGCAAUGAGUUCUGCGCAUUCGGAAUCCUGGAGAGACAAAAAACUUCCUCCUGGAAUGAAGAUAAGGAAGCGAUCAUCUGAUGAGGACAAGAAAUUGCACAGCAGUAGUGAGGUGACUGCAAACAGAUCAGAAGCUUCCAAAGGUUCUUAUAGUAGCAGUAAAUGUGAAAGUGUUAAUGAACAGCAAACUGAGAAAGAGACUAAAUCACAGAACUCCCAAAGCCAUGCCAAGGGGGAGAGAGCAGCUCCACGGCAAAGCCCUAAAGAGAAAACUGAGGGACACAGUCCUCAUUUAACUUCUAGGAAGACAUCUACAUCAAAUACAGACUCUCAGCCAGGCAAUAUUCCCAAAAAUACUCCAGAAAAAGACAGUCAGGCCAGCCCAGGUUCAACAUCAGAAGGUGUUUCAGCUUCACUGAAGCCUGUUACAAAUAGCGCCCAGAAGAAAACAGUAAAAUCACCGUUUGGAGACUGGAGUGGUGAUGAUGAUGAUGAUGAUGAUGAUGAUGAUGUCCAGUUGGUGUCAGUUCAGCCAGGCUCUCAGCAGACUGCUUCAGUUCCAGCCGCACCUUUGCAGAAAACCCUUACCUCCUACCCCGGCUUCCAGCUUAUGUCAAAGGAUAAAAGUCAAGAGGAAGACCCCAGAGCACUCCACAACCAGCUUACAGCCCAGCUUAAACAAAAGAAGGCCACUCUGUCAUCAGUUAAUGUGUCUGCUCUGCCUGACAAAGGAGAGAGGCUGAAGAGCCAAGUGAAGCAGCUGGAAGAGGCUCUGGAGGCUUUAAGUCUGACUAGUGUUGCUCUUACUGGGUCUCAAGAAGCAGACAGUGAUGCCCAGCAGAAUCCCAAACCCAGCCAUUCCAAUCCUUUUAACCGUGCAGGGGGUACUAUUCUCCUGUCCGAGGCUCCAGUCCAUUUUCAGCCAAGCUCCUCUACUAGCUCACUGGGACUGCAGCUCAGUCAGGGCUACUCCCAGAUGUAUGGAGUGGAUCCUCAAAAGCAAGCCUUCUAUGGUGGCAGGAUGACUGAGGACAGACUGCUCGCUGUGCGCAAUGCCACAACAGAGGCGAUUGACCACCUCCACCACUCACUGGAGUCUUGCCCUUCUACAGACACAGAGGCACAGGAUCCCAAAGGAAUGAAGGUUCAGUUGUUGCCUCAUCAGAGAAGAGCCCUGGCCUGGCUGCUAUGGAGAGAAACCCAAAAACCCUGCGGGGGUAUUCUGGCGGAUGACAUGGGUCUGGGGAAAACCCUCACCAUGAUCGCUCUCAUUCUGUCCCAAAAGAAGAAGGAAGAGAAAGACACUCAGCUAGAAGGAUGGAUCUCUAAAACUGACUCAUCUUUGGUGGCAUCCCAGGGAACUCUGAUCAUCUGUCCUGCCUCUCUGGUGCAUCACUGGAAGAAAGAGAUAGAGAGGCAUGUGAAGAGCAGUCGCCUGAGUGUGUAUCUCUACCACGGGCCUAACCGACAGAGGAGCGCUAGCAUAUUGGCUGAACAUGAUGUGGUGAUCACCACAUACAGCCUGGUUUCUAAAGAGAUUCCAGUUCAGAAAGAGGAUGCAGAAAAGCCCAGCCAGGACUCUGAGCCUGUGGGGUCUGAGCUGCCUCCUCUCCUGCGUGUAGCCUGGGCUCGUGUGGUUCUUGAUGAGGCCCACAACAUCAAGAACCCUAAAGUGCAGACUUCCAUGGCUGUGUGUAAGCUGCGGGCCAAAGCACGCUGGGCCGUCACUGGUACCCCCAUCCAGAACAACCUGCUGGAUAUGUACUCGCUGCUGAAGUUUUUGAGGUGCUCUCCAUUUGAUGAAUACAAGCUGUGGAAGGCUCAGGUAGACAACGGCUCUAAGAGAGGAGGAGAGAGGCUUAACAUUCUUACCAGGUCCCUGCUGCUGCGCAGGACAAAGGACCAGCUGGACUCUACAGGCAAGCCUCUGGUUUCUCUGCCUGACCGAAGUUGUAGAGUUCACAGGGUAAAACUGUCCGAGGAUGAGCAGUCUGUUUACGAUGUGGUGUUUGCACAGUCCAGGUCCACCCUCCAGUCCUAUCUGAAGAGGCAUGAGGGAGGAGACACGAAAAAAGGAGAUGGCACCAAUCCCUUUGAGAAAGUUGCGCAGGAGUUUGGAAUGUCCCAGCAGGAUUCUGUGUCCCUCUCUCAGCAACCUCAGGUUUCCAGCACCAUCCAUAUCCUGUCCCUGCUGCUGCGCCUCAGACAGUGCUGCUGCCACCUGUCCCUGCUGAAGAAGACGCUGGAUCAGUCGGAGCUGCAGGGAGAUGGGAUUGCUCUGUCUCUGGAGGAGCAGCUGUGUGCUCUGUCUUUGUCCGAAUCCUCUGACUCAGACCCCAAAGCCACCGUUUCCCUCAACGGCAGUCGGUUCCGCUCCGAGAUUUUUGAUGAGAGCCGAGAGAGCACCAAGAUUUCAGCCGUCCUCACAGAGUUAAAAGAAAUCCGUAAGAAAAAUCAGAAAAGUGUGAUUGUGUCCCAGUGGACGACUAUGCUGCACAUUGUAGCUGUUCACUUGAAGAAGCUGGAUCUGCACUUCAGUGUCAUAGAUGGUACAGUGAACCCUAAGCGACGCAUGGACCUUGUGGAUGAAUUUAACACUAACCCUAAAGGACCUCAGGUAAUGCUCGUGUCCUUAUGUGCUGGAGGAGUGGGUAUUAAUCUGACAGGUGGGAAUCAUCUGUUCCUCAUAGACAUGCACUGGAACCCUGCACUGGAAGACCAGGCCUGUGACAGAAUAUACAGAGUGGGACAACACCGUGAUGUCACCAUUCACAGGUUUGUAUGUGAGGGCACAGUAGAGGAUAAGAUUUCCUCUCUGCAAGAGAAGAAGAAGGAGCUGGCUCAGAAAGUCCUGUCUGGAACUGGGUCCUCUUUCACCAAGCUCUCAUUAGCAGACCUCAGGGUUAUCUUUGGUGUGUAACAUAUAACAUGGCUACAAUCACCAGGUCUGCCCUGUGAGAUUGUUGGGUUAUGUCUUGCACUUGUAUCAAUGCCUUAUCCAUGUUUAAUUGCCUUAUACCAAUGCCUGAACUGUAUCAUGAUAUUUCUUUUUAAAAAAAUAAAUAAAUAUAUCCUGACUGAAAAAAUAAUAAAUCACUGGUUCUCAGUCUCAACCCAGAGGACCACGUGGACACAUGAACACCCGACUCAUUUCAUGUAGAGCUUUAGAUGAGGAUUUGAAUUUAAGCUACUAGAACUCAACAGCUACUGAAUAUCCUGAAGGUGUAGUUCAUUUCUCUUGACCUCAGCUCUGUGGACCUAUCUCAGAGUCCUAAAACUGAGUAUUAAAAGUGUUUCAGUGCCAUCUAGUAGACAUGAUGUGCUAUUUGGCGUUCUGUUUUGGUUAUAUACAACUGUGUUAUUUGCCUUCCUGAAGCUAUCCAUUUUUAUCCAUUCAUAAAACACUACCCAGUUUUGGAUUGGAUUUGGUUGCCAGAUUUGCUUCCCCGCAAAUAUAUGGUGUAUUCAGAAUUCGACAUUACAAUUUGUCUAAGAUACAUUUCUGAAAUGCUCAGGGUGUUGACGAUCUCCAUGUGAAGAAAAAAUGUUUCUAUGGUAUUCUAAUGAAGCAUGCCCUACCUUUUUAUCAAACUGACUGAAAACCAUUUUUAAUGACUUUUUUAAUGGCUAAUUUGAGUAGGCCUUUGUUUUCAUCCUCAGUUGUAUGUCUAAUACAUAGCAUGCUUAUUCAUGGCACCAAAAAAUCAUAUAUUAUUAAUGUGGCUUGAAAAAAAACUUUUCCAAAUUCAUAAACAUUCUCAUAUUGUUUGACAACAGUAGAUAACAUAUUAAGAAGUAACCUUCUAUAAUUCAUUUCUUACAGCAGUAAUGACAAUAACAGGGUUUAGAAAAUCUGUAAUGUUCUCCAGAUGUCCAAACAGAUGAGGACUUCAGGCAGUUGUCAUUUCUAUAAAUAUAGUUAGUCUUGUACAGUAUAAAUAUGUAUGUAUGUGCCCCUAUGUGAAGUACACUACAUUCAGCAUAAUCAGCUUUAGACAUAGAUAAACACUUGAAAUUUAAAAGAAACACUGUGAUGUGCCAAAAGGCCAAC